AUGGAACCGGAGAUUUCAAAGGCCCAAUUGCCAGAGGCCACCGUGGCUGUGCCUGAUAUGGACGUGUCCAAGCGCGAGGUCGCAAGUGGUGAUGCCGAUGCGGCGGGCGAACCUCCAUCCAAGAAGGCACGAGUGGAGGAACCCGCUAAACCGGUCGCACAAGAUAUGCGCGAUCGAGGAAUUGCGCCUAUCAAAGCCGAGUACCGUAUCCAAGUAGCACCAAAGCCUCGCUCCACAGACGAGACAAACCCCGACGAUGCCGCCGAAGCUGCUCCUCACGAUGCCCGCGAUUCCCGUGGGUCCCGGGAUGCCCGUGAUGGUGGUGGCAAGAAAGACAAGUCAAAGAAGAAGAAGGGCCAAAAUACUAACCGCAGCUAUGGCAAGUCUGACGAUGCCAAGGGUCUUUGCAGCACGAGAAUGUUUGCCAAUGAGUUUUCCGCUGGAGAAUGCCAAUUUGGUGCCGGAUGCCGAUUUGAGCAUGACCUGCGUGUUUACCUGAGAGACCACAAGCGCGAGGACCUCCACACCUUCAAUGACGUCUGCCCCGUCUAUGAAUCGCUGGGCAAAUGUUCUGCCGGCUGGAAAUGUCGCAUGGUUGGUUCUCACUCGACCGAAAGAGAAACCGAAGACGGCAGGAAGGAAUUGAUCUUGCUGGAAGAUGCUGAGCGCAUGGAGAAGGCCCGUCCUCGUGUGCCUAACGCGACUCCUGAGGGAGUCGUCAAUAUUAUUCCCGUUGGGGACAGGGUCGCUCUUACUAGAAAGAAGGAGAAGACUCCCCGCGCUGAUUCUUACACCAAUUGGUCCAACCAAGUGUCCGCGGAACUAGAAAAGGCGAUUCACCAGCGAUCCACUGUUCGCGCCAUGGGAGAGCCUGUUGAAGCGGCUGAGGCUGCGAAGAUCGAGAUGGAAGAGAACCGGGCUCAGUUCCUCGAGCCUCCUUUUAUGCCUUCUGAGAAGAGACGCAUUUACUUUGGGCCAGAGACUCCCGUUCUGGCGCCUCUCACCACCCAAGGUAACAUGCCAUUCCGACGACUCUGCGGAGAUCUUGGUGCGCAGUUCACCUAUUCAGAGAUGGCGAUGAGUAUGCCUUUGAUUCAAGGCAACAAGUCUGAGUGGGCCUUGCUCAAGGCACACGAGUCCGAGAUGGCUCCACCAUCCGUCAUCCCUGGAGAUAACAUUGUUCAAGGCUAUGAUAACUCCAAGGAUUCCAGGUUCGGAGCUCAAAUUGCUGCCAACAAGCCGUGGCAAGCAUUGAAGGCCACCGAGGUGCUCUCAAAGUUCACUCCUAACCUGCGUGUCAUUGAUCUGAACUGCGGCUGUCCUAUUGAGCUUGUGUUCCGAGAAGGCGCUGGUUCGGCUCUCCUCGACCACCAUUCCAAGUUGGAGAAGAUUAUUCGCGGCAUGAACACUGUCUCGCAGGAGAUCCCAAUUACCGUCAAGAUCCGCAUGGGAACCAAAGAUAACCAACCUACGGCACAGAAGCUGGUUGAGCGCAUGGUUCUUGGUGGAUACGAGUCCAGUGUUCUGGGUCUCGGCCCCCCUGGUGCCGCAGCCAUCACCCUGCACGGACGUAGUAGACAGCAGCGCUACACCCGCCAGGCUGACUGGGGAUACAUUUCAGAGACUGCAGCUCUCAUCAAGAGACUGAAUAACAAGCAGGAUGCGCUUACCGACACCAUCCGUGAGCCAGAUGAGCGCCACAUGCCCAAUGGUGGCAAGACUUACUUCCUUGGAAAUGGUGACUGCUACUCACACACCGACUACGACGACCAUGUCAACAACGCCGGCGUGGAUUCCGUCAUGGUGGCCCGUGGUGCUCUCAUCAAGCCUUGGAUCUUCGAAGAGAUUCAAACCGGACAGUACUUGGAUAAGUCGGCUACUGAGCGUCUGGCCUACAUUGAGAAGUUCGCCAAAUACGGUCUUGAGGCUUGGGGAUCCGAUGAGCACGGCGUUGGAACUACCCGCCGCUUCUUGCUCGAAUGGUUGAGCUUUACUUACCGCUACGUUCCCAUUGGAUUGCUGGAGCAUCUUCCUCCCAACAUCCAGGACCGACCUCCUGCUUGGCGUGGCCGUAACGAGCUGGAGACUCUCAUGGGCAGUGAUAACUAUAAGGACUGGAUCAAGAUCACUGAAAUGUUCCUUGGCCCUGCUCACGAGAACUUCAAGUUCGAGCCCAAGCACAAGUCGAACUCCUAUGAUGAGGCUGAAGGUUAA